CUCAUGAUCACAUCUAUAUAUAAACUUGCUAUAUAUAGCACACAUCCUCAUCUAUAUAUAUACACUCCCAUUUUAACCUGAACUAAAAACAAGAAAGAAACAUAUUACACGAGAAAAUUAGAGAAACAACCAAGUAAAUAAAAUAAUUAGGUAACCAAACAUGCCAAACCUCAUCCUCAUCCUCGCCGCUCAAAUCCUCCUCUUUACCACCGUUGCCUCCGUUGGAGAUUUUGCUAAAGAAAUGAACCCGAAAAGGUUCCACAAGAAGGAGAAACUCACCCAUCUCCGAGUCUAUUGGCACGACAUCUUAAGCGGUCAAAACCCUAGCUACUGCCAUCAUGAUUCAGAAGGCGGUUUCAAACUCCUCAACCUCCUUCGGAUCAAUCACAAUGACGGACAACGCACUAACAUCUGAUGUGCCCGUUAACUCGACUGUGGUAGGCCAGUCCCAAGGUUUUUACGCUGGAGCGGCCCAACGUGAGCUAGGCUUCUUGAUGGCGAUGAAUUUCGCUUUCAAAACAGGGAAGUACAAUGGGAGUACGAUCACAAUUCUUGGCCGGAACACGGUGUUCUCGAAGGUUAGGGAAAUGACGGUGGUCGGAGGAAGUGGAAUCUUCCGGUUAGCUAGAGGUUAUGUCGAGGCUAGGACUAAGUGGUUCGAUCCUAAGACAGGAGACGCCACUGUUGAAUACAAUUGUUAUGUCUUGCAUUACUGAUAUAAGAGAAAUAGAUAUGUCCUCUGUGUAAUGUUAACUUGAUUUAAAUGCAUAAGAGAGACAUUAAUACUUAAUAAUACCUUAAUUGGGUGUUCUUUUGUUGGUGAGACUAUUCGUUCAGAGAAUUGUUUUGUCUUUUGAUAAACUUGUAUAACAACGUAGUUUAAUUACAAGGAUCUCUGAUGGAUUAACGAUGAAUUAGCCCAUUCACUUACUAACCAAAGCUUGGAACAUAUAUUUGUUUAGUUUAUUAUUCACUUGCUAAUAUGAUGUAGUUAG